AUGGCAAUACCGAACCCCCGUCGCUGGAGGCGGGAGUUUGGCGGGACACGAAAGCGAAGAAUACGAAUAGUGCUUCGUUUUCUUUUCUUUUCAUUGUGUCUCUUAGUUAUCGGCGUGUUCCUCCUGUUGCUCCUCGCUGCGAACGAGAAGAGGACUUUUGAGAAGGAACUGACCGAGAGGGAGAUCCCACACUAUUCUACGAAUGAAUUUUUUACGCGUGUCAGCUUCGUCAUGAGUAGCGCCAUGGCCACGGCGUGGCGCACCUCCAGCGAUCGGCUUGAAUUCCCAGCGGAGAUGUGGGUGGAGCGCGUGGCUGUUCGCCCUUCCGCUGCCACGACGGUGCCACUUCCUGCCGUGCUGCAGAAGGCAACGGUGUCGGCCACACUGUAUGGGAAAAGCUCCCUGAAGCUCCAGCGCACCAAACGGCGAUCGUUGUACAUUCGCAGUGACUCACCCAUUUUUUUUGUGACGCCUAACCCUGCAUUGUCACCCAACCCAUUCAAACGAAAUACGACGGUGGCGUUGAAGGAAUUUAUAUUGCUUUCCCUAUGGGAGGACAUCCACCGCAUCGCCUACCGCACUUCCGUCGAUCUGCUGCAACAUUUAGAUUUGAUUUUUUCAUAUGCGCAACUGGUGGAACUACGCUGCUAUCCGCCUUCGCAGAAGUCUCAUUUGGAUCACCCAUGCGUACCGUCUGUUGCUGGUGUUUCUGUGCGCGAUGGUGUGCAUGUGGGGCGGACCCUUGGUGUUUAUUUGGCCAUUGAGCCGCCCGCCCCGGCGAUAUGGCGGCGAAUGAAAGAGGCCUUUUCCGCCUUUGAGGAGUUGGCGAAUGAGUCUCUGAGGGAAGUAAUUGAAUCCGUGAGUCAUGGUUCCCCUGCCGCUCUGCAAAGACGUGAGUACGAGAGUGUAAUGGAGCACACCGCACGCAUCACGUAUUGGCGGCAAAUGUGGCGUGCCGCGAAGAAGUCCUCCCCGGGGAAAUUGGAGCAUGCUGUUGAAAUAGGGUCCCGCAACUUUUUGAGUUUUAGUGAGCCACGACAUGAUAUGUCACAUGUGCCGAGUUUUUUGAAAAACAGUUCCUUGUUGCCCAGUUAUCGGCUUCUGGAAAAGGAUCCCUGGCACUACGGCCUGCACAGUGAGACGGCCAUGGGCAAAACGGUUAAUCCUAAAAAGCAAUUUCUUGAUUUACCACAAUACAUGGCAUGGAUUGCCAUCAACACGAUACUUCAGAAUGGUGAUUACGAUGAUGAGGUGUUUUUUUACGGAGUGCUAAAGCCAAUUCAAUAUGGAAAUCCGAAGUUCCAGUUACCGAUUUAUCUGGGUGUGAUGGGCUGGGACUAUGACACCGUCUUUUCCCCAUGCCAUCGCAAGGUGUGGUUUAAGGCAUCCGUCAUGUAUUGUGCUGAAACGACCCUUGAUAAAAGCAUUUAUGACUCGGAAGCUUUUAUUUAUCGAUACACAGAUAUACUAUGGGAUAUGACGCAGCACAUUGACAGGGAGCGAUUCAGUCGAUCUGUUCAAGUGGCGGAGAACGAGCUGCAAACAAUACUUUAUGGCGCCCCAGGGACAACGAUGGCAACAUUUAAUCAGGUAAAACGCGAAAAUGACGCUGGCGUGCGGUGGAUUAUUGGGGCCUUUUUGGAACAACGACAAAUAUUGCUUCGGGCUUUGGCCUCUUAUUUUCCUGUCAACGAGGUCUCGCAUUGCGAUCAAACAAGUGAUAGAGAUGCCAAGGCGCUGGAGAUCCACAACAGGGAGGCACAUCUCGAACUGAUGAAACGUCUCUCAAUUGUCGUCAAAGUCAAGGGAUCGCGUGUCAGCACAAGAUGGGGGUUUUUAGUUGGAGGGAUACAGUCGGCGUUGGGUGUCGAUCUUCCAGAAGAUGAGGAGUAUCAACUCCCUGAUGCUGGUAUUUACUGUGCACGCGUGUCUGCUGUGGCAUCUUUCUUCACAUCUGUCGGACUGUUGCCUCCUCCCAAAGGGCGUGGGAAAUGGGAGGCGCCGGGUUUCUGGUUUGUUGACAUGCCAUUGGUGGAGCCAAGCACGUCGCGUGGCAGUGCAGAGUUUGGGCUGUGGUCCUUUGAUAAGAAAUUACCCAUGCUGUACCCAAUGACAACACCUGAUGCAGGGGCCACGCUUAGCAUCGUUAUGCCACCUGUGUGGCCUCAAGACUCCAAGGAGAAGCGUGGUGUGUUUGUUUCUCGGGUACUUUUUCCAGAGCAGGGUUCAGAAAACUCCCUCUUUAGAUGGUCGAGGAAAAACACGCUUAUCUUCACCAUUGAUGCCCCAACGCAGAGGACGAUGAUUGUACGUGGCUUCAGUGCUGUACGUUUUUUUGUGCCAGAGAAAUCUGAGGAAGAUUCCUUUUCUGCCCAGCGUCAUGAGGGGGAAAAUACAGUUAGGGGCCCAGGGUUGUUUGCUUCUAACAGCUCCACCACGCGGCUGCGUAUAGGUGAUGUGGACAUUGAACAGUCGGUACCUCUCGCGUCUGUUGCGGCUCCACCACAAGCGUUAUAUUUGGCCGACGGCCUCGUGGACGCGAAGGGCGUCAGGUUUGGCGGUUCGCUUGAGAAACAGACGGUGCUGCGUUGCAUCCCUGAAAAUGCGUCGGUGGCGGAAUCGGUGGUGGGAGAGGGUUUGACGCUGCGCUCGGCAGAGUGCCCCAUUUUUAUUUCCGGCUCUUUUGAAAUUUCUCGAGGAGCGACUCUCGAUGUGGCGGCGGGUUGUGUCGUUGUGAUGCGGCCUGCUGCGAUGCUGCGCGUGACGGGGUUUCUGCGGUUCAACGGCACCGUCGCGUCGCCCAUUGUGGUCACCAGCGAAUCGGCGGAGAAUGCGAGCAGUUGGCAAACCAUCCACGUCGAUGGCCCCACCGCCACGUUAUACGCGAGUUUUACGUUUUUCACCGGCUCAGGCGUGAAGGGGAUCCGGGUGGCAAACACUGGGAAACACCACUCCCAUUCUGCCGCCAUCUCAGCUACAAAUAAGGCCUCCGUCUAUCUCCGUCACAGUUUCUUGUUGGAGCUGCAGGGGGCAGGCAUUGCGGCAGGCAAUGAGGCCGAGGUGCAAGUGGAGGAUUCAUUGGUGCAGUGGGCUCAAAUGGGGAUCGAGUGUGUGCAGUGCACCUUCACUUCAAGGCGCUCUGUCUGGACGCACUUUCCCUCAUGGGAUGCAGCGUAUGCCGAUGACGACAAUGACGCCAUGUACCUUUCGGGUGGUAAACAUCGCGUCAUUGAUAGUGUCAUUGCCCACACGAAGGACGACGGGAUUGACUCUGGUGCGAUGGGUAACGGUGGCUCCCUGGUUGUGCACAACACAAUUGUAGAGGGUUGCAUGCAUGAGGGGGUGGCUCUCUCCUCCGAUCCCAACGGCCGUCGUGAGGUUGUCAUUUCUCACACCAUCGUGCAGUAUUGUCAGCAGGGCAUCGAGUCGGGUUAUGCGUCGAAACAACACACAGCGUCCAUUACGAGUUCUCUCAUUCAGAAAUGCUCCGUCGGUGUUCGUUAUGGCGACAACUACCACUGGUCGCACUGCGACGGGAAACUGACACUGCAGAACACAACGCUUGCCCAGAACGAAGUGAAUGUGAUGAACUACGAGCGACGGUAUCAAAUACCGCAAGACCCCGAAUACUUCCACUCCGAGGGAGUUUUGUCACAGCGUCACUGGAAACUUCUUCGGGACGCCGCACGUGAUUCCGCUCUCCCGCUGGCGGUGGCGCCACCGGAGGCUGUUGUCAUGCUACUGAUGGAUGUGCGACGAAGAGAGCUGCCGAAAACAGGAUGGGAGGGCUGCAAGGACAUGUUCUUGCUACCCGGCAACAGCACUCUUAUCGUUGAUGAAGUAGUUGAUGCGGAGGCGUUUACAGAAGAGCUGAGAGUUACGGAAGAUGUCACAGUCACCUUUUGA